CUCUACUACCACCUUGCCCUUUACUGUUUCUUAUUUUGCUUUUUUUUUUUUCUUAUUUUCUUUCCUUUUAAAAGAAAACAACACCAUCUAUCUUACACUACUAGCAACUUUGCUGUCUCAUAAACAUACCCACCUAAUCUAAUACCCCCUCAUAGCUAUACAAACUCAACCAUCAUGGGUUCACUUUUCUCAAAACAAUCAAAGACCCAAAAGCCAAAGGAUCCUAAAUGGCAAGGGAUUGGUCCCAAUACCCCUCUUCCCAACUCCCCAUCCUCAAACCAAGAUAAUCAGUCACGAUCACACACUCUCGCCACCUUGGACAGUCGGAUGAACAACAAUAACACAAGACCUACAAAGCCUGCACCAGCCAAGGGAAAAUCAUCAAAGAUCAUGUUGUUGCUCAAGAUGGAUCCCAAGAGCGGGGGACAACGCAAGGUCAUUUCAAAGAACUUGAUCAGCCUUCCUUCAGACUUCCGACAUACUGGCCAUAUCGGUGCAGGUGAGGUUCGCAGUGGGCAGAUUGAUGUAAGUACUAUAAAGGCAAAAAGUUCCCAUUUAUCCUGAAUUUUACUCCGUCACUCAAACCAAAGAAAGGUCCAAAAGAUCCCACUAUCCCAUUUUGAUAUUCUCAAUAUCCGGCGCCCUCUUCAUCACUUGCAGUCCCUAUUCAAAUAGGACGGAAACCAUUUAUCCAUUUUCACUA